AUGAUUACUAAAGAAACCUAAACUAAGAAGAUAAAUAUAAAAAUGAUAAUUUAUGAAAGAAUACUUUAAUUAUAUUAUUUUUCAAGUUGCAAGGAGUAUUAAUAAUAUAUUGUUAUCAUAUUGGGAGAAAUUUAAUACUUAACUUUUUUAUGGGUCCCUAGCUUCAAGUCUCAAUAAAUAGGAUUUUACGACAAAUCUAUUAAUUAUUAAGCCUUUGCUAUUUAUUUUACAAGAAUAGAUUAGUUGAUAUACUUUUAAUUCGGGAAAUCUCACAUAUUUUAUUUGAUUGCAUUAAUAACUCAAAUACUUUUAUUUGCAAUACCAAUUAUUUUACUAAUUAAUAUAAAGCAUAAGCAAUAAGUAUUUCAAUAUUCGGUGUUAAAACUAUUUUUUUAAACAAGUUCAUUAUAUUGUCAAGUAUUUAUAAUCAUAAUGUUUGUUCCUUUUUCUAUUUUUUGUGUGGAUUCUCUUUUAAUUAAUAUGGACAUGACAUAAAAUGCAACUAAUUACGUUAAUAUAUUUUUCAUCUGCUUAACUUUUGGACUUUUAUUAAUAUUUGGAAUAAUUUUAUCCAUGCUAUGCAAAGAAACUAUAGAUUUAAAAAAAGACAGAUUUCAAAAAUUAAAUUAAACAUUCUUAGAUUAUGUUUAGUUAAUACUUUUCAUAUUGUAAAUCAUAGUCUAUGGCGUUAUCGUAGAGUCAAAUAAUGCAUAGAUAUUGCAAUGUAUCUUAAUAAUAACAAUUUCAUUAAUAAAGAUAUUAUAAAUUUAUUAAUUUUAGUACACAAACAAUAAAAUAAUCAAUUUAGUUCUAAUAAUAUCAUCAUUUGGUCUAACUUAAUCAAUAAUAUAUCUUACCUACAAUAUAAAUGAAAGAAAAUUCAGUUAAAAUGCUAACUCAAUUAUUCUAUUGUUAUACAUAGGCAUAUCAAAGGUUUUAAUAGAAAUAUAUACAUACUAAGAAAAAAUACUCUGCAAUAACAUCAUGUAAGUUAAAUAACAACUGUAAUUGAAAUAUUUCUUUACAAAAUUAAUUAAUGAUCAUUUUAAUGAAACAUAAAAAAGAAUUCUCAAUGCUGUAAUUACCAAUAGUUUAACUAAAAUAUCAGAGUAAGUUGACGAAUUAGCACAUUUUUCUAACUAUGAUUCUAGCCUUCUCUCCCCUUAAAAUAUGGAAUAAUUCGUAACUAAAAAAAUGAAGCAGUACGCCAAAAUUAUUUAAAAACAUAAAGGAUAUGACUUGCAUUACAUUGCCUUGCUAUUUAAAUAUGGUUUAACAAAUUUAGCUUUAAACUAGAUAAAUUACUUAUUAAAUUCCUUUUUAAACUAAACCAAAAGCAAAGGCUUCUUAGUUGACAGUGAAAAUUAUAGUAAGGGAUAGGAUAGUUCAAGUAGAUAAAUGCAUCAUCAAACGAUAUCUAGUAAAUCCAUGAAAUCUAAUUCUGAUGAUGUUAAUGAUAUUGCUAGAAAAAAUAGUUAAUAGAGGAGUAAGUUAUUGAUAUAAGGUAAGCAUUAGCUUUCUUAAAUUGAAACAUCACGUGCUUUAUUAUUAAAAAACUAAAUCAAAACUGAAAUUUAAUUGAGGUUUUAUGAAAAUAAUAAGAUGAAAACUUAAAUUAAUGAUGUCUAACUUGGAGUAGAAUUAUUUUUAAAAAAUGAAAAGAGGAAUUAAAAUCUGAAGAACACUCUACUGAAUUUGAUAAAUGAAAAAAUCAAGUUCCUUUCUUAGUUCACAAAUAAGAAAAUGCUAGAUUCAGAUAAGAUUUUUAUCUCAGCAAAAGACAUCAGCAAUUUGUAAUUUAAGGUGGAGAACAAACUAUUCCAAAGAUACCAAUCAUUCCCAAGCAGAAAAAUUUAAUCCAUUUUAACAUUUUACUAGGCAGAAAUCUUAAACAAUUACAUCGAGGCAUUUAAAUAUAAAGCCCUAACCUCAAUGCCUGAUGAGUAAUUAAUUAACAUGGAUUCUACUAUAAAGUCAACAUUUUUCACAAAAAAGGUUGUUUACUUAAACAUAACUUUAGAAGAUAAUUAAACUUUGUCUAUUUAGCGUAAGUCAGAAAAUGCUUUAAGGUUUUUCUAAAUACACUAAGAUGAUGCAAAAUAAUUCACUAAUGUUGAAUAUAUAUUGCCAUUUGGUAUUUAGAAUGAACAUAAUCUAUUAGUGUAGAGAUUCAUAUAAACGAGUAAAUCAAAAUUCUACCUUAAUUCUAACUAAACAUUUUUUCGUUAUCAGAACAUUUUGAUGAGGACUUGCUAAUUCAUUUUUGACAUUCAUUUUGACUCAAUAAGCCAUUAUAAGUUUUCUGCAUUUUUCUCUGAAAGCGUUAAUUAAUCAGCAUAUAUCCUAGUCGACAUCAAUCAUUUAGUAGGUGGCCUUACAGAGAGCUUUUUCGAAAAAUUAGGAUUCAAUGAAAAAACUAUAGCUUUAAUAAAUUCUGUUGAAGAUUUUUAUUUACCAAUUGAAUUAUUGAUACCAAAUUUUAAAAAGUUAAUUGAAUCAAACAUUCAAAGUGCAAUCACAGAAUUAAGGUUUGUUAAAGAGGUAUUCUUUAAUCGCGAUGAAUACGAUAAAAAGUAAAAAAGGUAGUAAUCUUUGACUUCUAAUAAUUGGUCACAAUUAGAAAGACUUUACAUUUUUGAUGCAGAAAUAAUAAUUUAGUACUUUGAAAUUUAUGGUUAUUACUAUUAUAUAAUAGAAGUCAAAGAUUUAAAAUAAUAAUUUAAUUCAAAAAAAUCUAUUGGGCACUCAAGUAGGAAUAAAGCAUUAGAUGGUUUAGAACAUUUUUUUGAGCUUUCUGAUUUAUCUGAAAAUGAGGCAGUUGCUAAUUCUCCCAAAGCCUUUAGAAAUGUUAAUUCAGUAAAACUUAAUGAUGAAAUGGUUCAUUCAGGUGAUGAAGUUGAAUAGAGUAAAAAAUAGAUAGCAUAGCCUAUUUAAAUAUUACAACCAGAUUACAUUUCAUUUAGAGAACCUAAUAUUUUAAGUCCAAAUGUUAGUAAUACUCCUUGGCAAGAUUCAUCUUAAAUUCCUUUGCAAUUCUCUAAUUCGUAAUUCCAUCAGUAAGAUUAUUUUAAUAAACAAAAGGAUAUUUCUAUAUCCAUAAAUGAUUCUAAGAUAGUUAAUAAUUAGGAUGAAUUUGAAGAUGAUAAUAAUAGAAGAGCCAGCAGGAGAAAUGUAGAGUAGAACAUCAUAAAACGAAAAAAAAUAGUGUAAGGAGAAGAGGAGUCAUCAUCUAACAAUGUUCUCAAAGGUAUCAAGAAGUCACAAUUCUAUAAAAAAUACGAAAUGAUCCUCUAACUUGUAGAACCGAUAUAUCCUAACACUUUAAAGUUAUUCAUACUCUUUUAAGAAUUAACCUACCUUAUUUCUCUAACUUAUUUUCUCAUUAUUCUGGUUGGAGUUUAAAAUGAUUUGAAUAGAUUUAUUGGUGAAAUUGAUAUGAUCCAAUUACAUGCUGGUGUUAUGAAUCCUCAUGACCUGUAUUUACAAAUGAGAUAAACAAUAUUUACAUAUCAAGGAUUUUUAGGUUCAGGUAAACUCACAUAAGAGUAAUACAACUAGUUAUCCAAUCCAUUAUUUGAAAAUAUUGCAAUAGGAUAUUACGAAUUCAAAGAUGGGUUUAUAUAUUGGUUGAGCAAUGAUUAUCUGACUCCGUUUUUUAAAGAUAAAAACAUCACUGCAUAUUAUAUGCUCUAUGAUGCUACAAAAACAUACGGGAUAGUGUAAAACAUUAGAGAGGCAUUAAUGGCGACCUUGUCAUAUUAUUAUUAAUUUAAAUUAAGAUUUGAAUCUCGUCUAAGUCCUGCUAAUCAAACCUAUCAAAUAUAUUAAUUUGCCAAUGUUUAUAAUUUCCAUUAUUGGCUGGAAGACUUGACUUUGGAAGUGUUAGCCUAUUCAAAAAAUAGGAGUGUUGAGACUAGCGAUAAGUGGAAUCUCAUUUGGAUUAUUUAUUUACUCAUAGGAGUCUGCCCUUUGUUGGCCAGCAUCUACUAUUAUAGAAUAUAUAGAUUAAAAUUUGAUAAAUAUACAAAUCUAUUUAGAUAUUGUUCUUCGUAUAAAAUGGAUUUAGAAAUUGAAAAGUUAAAAUCCAUACUGAGGCUAAUGAAUAAAAAUACAGAGACACUUUAUAAUUAUUAAUUUUCGAUCGAUAAUAAAGAAGAUAACAUUUUAAAAGAAAAGUAGAAAAGUGAUCAUGAUUAAAUAAGAGCUAAAGAUAUCAAAGUGUAGUAAUAAUUAAAAAACCUCUCAUUUUUCUCUGGGUUUUUCUUUAUAAUUUUCGGUUGGUUAGUAUUCUUAGCUUUGUCCAUAGUCGCCAACAUUUAAAUAGGUGAUUACUUAAAUAAAUACACUGCAACUGCAGAUACAUAUAAGUUAUUAUAAGACAUGACCUUGUAUGCAGGAACCCUUUUUAGAAAUAGAGAUUUUGGCCUUAAUUUUCCUAAUCUGCCUUAUUUAAGAGACUAUGAUAGAGAGAAAUUCUAUGUGACUAUGUAUACUGGUUUGGACACCAUAAACACAUUCUUAGAGUUCUCUUAUUCAUUUGAUUCCACAAAGUAUUAAGUUUCUUAAGAUUUCUUGGAUUUUUUUCUUCAAAUUCAAUAAAGUAAUGUAUGUACCACCAUUGGAGAUGACGUGUUAGGUUUUUUAACGCGAUAUUGUGACAUAUCUUUACAAGGUUCUUUGAAUCAAGGAUUGACUCAGACUCUAAAAUUUAUAUAUACCACUAUAACCAUGCAGAUGGCAAUGAAUAAUUUUACAAAAAGAAUCGAAUACAAUUGGUAUGAGAAUGAAGGAGGAUUGAUCGUAAUGAGAGCUACACAAAUAAUGAGUAAAUAGUUUAAGACAGGAAUGGUGAACGUUACAAAUUAAUAGAUUGCCAUCUCAAAUGUAAAUAGUUAUUAAUAUUGUUUUAGAGUAUUUCAAUCAUUUAUAUGGUUUAUUCCAUCUUCUUAAUGCUUUACUUUGUAUUUUAUCUGUUCCCAAAAUUGCAGAAAGAGUUGCUUCUGGUCAGAAGGUUUAUUCUGUUAAUUCCAACGUCGGUGUUAUUCUUGGAUGAUUAAUUCGAUCGGCAUGUCAGGAUCAUCAUAGCUGGUCAAGAGUAUUGA